UCGCAGAUUGGUUGCGCAGGCGCAGGGAAGGAUCCGUUUUGGCGGGCGGUUGGCGUUGCGCAGAAGGUGGCGGCGGUGGUGGCUUGCGUUGCGGCCUCACCAUACAGGAACAGGGCAGACGUUAGCGUGAGUGAUCACUCUCAGUCCCGGGAGCCCGGUGGCCUUAGUCUUUCAGGUGGAACGGUGUGCGACAUGGGAAAGAAAACCAAGCGGACAGCUGACAGUUCUUCUUCAGAGGAUGAGGAGGAGUAUGUUGUGGAGAAGGUGCUAGACAGACGCGUGGUUAAGGGACAAGUGGAAUAUCUACUGAAGUGGAAAGGCUUUUCUGAGGAGCACAAUACUUGGGAACCUGAGAAAAACUUGGAUUGCCCUGAGCUAAUUUCUGAGUUUAUGAAAAAGUAUAAGAAGAUGAAGGAGGGUGAAAAUAACAAACCCAGGGAGAAGUCAGAAAGUAACAAAAGGAAAUCCAAUUUCUCAAACAGUGCUGAUGAUAUCAAAUCUAAAAAAAAGAGAGAGAGCAAUGAUAUUGCUCGGGGCUUUGAGAGAGGACUGGAACCAGAAAAGAUCAUUGGGGCGACAGAUUCCUGUGGUGAUUUAAUGUUCCUAAUGAAAUGGAAAGACACAGAUGAAGCUGACCUGGUUCUUGCAAAAGAAGCUAAUGUGAAAUGUCCACAAAUUGUGAUAGCAUUUUAUGAAGAGAGACUGACAUGGCACGCAUAUCCUGAGGAUGCAGAAAACAAAGAGAAAGAAACGGCAAAGAGCUAAAGGAGGGGGUGGUCUCUGUCAUUUCUCUUUGUACAUAAUACAUUCACCUUCCUGCCUCCUCUCCCUUCUACCCACCCCUUUCUAUCCUAAACACAUCCAUAAAAAAUGUGCUUAUCACUGUGCUCCACAGGAGAAAUGUUGGUAUUGGUUUCUUGUAACAUAACUGAUGGUCUGAUUAAUGAUAAGUGUCUCUCUGUGAAGACCAGGCAUUUACAUAAUGUGUGUAAUACCCACAAUUUUUUUUUCCUUUGCCCUGAUCUCUUCCUUCUGCUCCCCUGCGACCUCAAGAUGAGUUUAACUUUUUAUCACCUUAGAGUCUUGAUCUUUUCAGGGUUGGUUGCUUUUUAGGUUGGGGGAUUUUGUUACAAUAAUGUUGAAUUUUGGUUUCUUUCUUGCUUUGGUUCUUAGAACAUGUUGCUGACUAGCUGGCCUUUGUUUUGACAUGUUGAGAUGGAAAGGAUGUUGCCCAUCUUUUAAAAAGCCAAUAGCAACUGCCUACCUGUUGGGGCUUUUCCCAACCUUGUUCAGCUCUACCCAGGAGAAUACAGGGUUUCUGGUGUGGUCUUCUGGGCCACCCUCUGUUGUUCAUCCUCACUUACGCUCCCAGAGUUACUCCAUCCUUUGGAAGAUUUGAAAUUUUACACUGAGAUUUGUCAAGGCACUCUUUUUAGCCCCAGGACUUUCGGUCUUGCUUUUAGCACACCCCGCUUCUGCUUCUGUAAAGUGAUGUCAAUUUGUGAAAAAAUGACAAGAUUAUUAACUGUGGAGAUUUUUAGCUAUAGUACAUGAGGAUGAUGGGGUAGGGUACAAUUGUCUUCAUUACCACACAUGGUAUGUAUGUAUUAUUUCGUUCCAUUCCUCAUAUUUAGACUGUAUAUUUAUGUGGGUGUGAGUGAUUGCCUGGUGCUUGCUUGUGCCAAGGUGCUAGGCACCCUCCAACCCUGCCAACUUUUGUGGCCUCCCAAAGCAUUCCCGUUACCAAAGAGGCUUCAAACCUGACCCUCACUUCUCAGUGGACCUGAGUUUCCCUUCUAUGCCAUUAUUUUCAGUGGGGAAGUUUUGGAGGUGAGCUGUUGGCUGCAAUAUCAGUUUUAAAUAUUCAUAGCAGUUAUAAGUCUCCUACUUUCUUGGCUGCUGGAUUUACCACCAAGAGUCCACAAAAUGUUAAUGCUCUUCCCUUUUUCUCAAACUUACAGUUGUAUCUUAUUUUUUUAAAUGCAUUUUCAUGGCCAGGCACAGUGGCUCCCACCUGUAAUCCCAGCACUUUGGCAGGCUGAGGCAGGAGAAUUGCUUGAAGCAGGAGUUUGAGACCAGCUUGGGCAAUGUAGUGAGACCCCUGUCUCUAAAAAAUAUAAAUAAAUAAAAAUAAUGGCAUGUUCAUGAAAGACUAUCACCUUGGAAAGUGACAGGCUGUGGCAUUAGCAUGUUGACGCAAUCUUCUCUCUUUACUCAGUGAAAUAUUCCCCUUUGGUUUCUUCCUGUGUUGCUGUUAUAUUGAGAAAUUUUUCUGAUCAUAUUCUUCUGCCUUUGUCCCCCAAGAAGUGCCCUACUUUAUCCUUUUCUUCUUAUAGUUGAGGAGGGCUAGAGAAUCACAAGUAAAAGUAGGGAAAUAGCAGGGUUUUGAGGAUCCUUGUCCCAGCCCCAAAGCUGAGGAAAUAAGAAUAAAUGCUUGAAAUAGCCUUAAUUCUAGAGUUCACCAGCCAUGAGGCUGCUUUUCUUGUUGCUUUUGAUUUUUAAAACAUACAGCUGUCUGGCCAGGAGCAUCCACCAUUUCUGGAUUAUUCAGAGUAAUGAGGGGAAUGGAUGGAUAGCUUCAGUCCACAGAUGAACCAAAUAAUAUGCAAAUCAUAUACCCAUUCAUGGCAUUUGUUAACAUUGCUUCCCUGCUCAGCUGCUGAUUGAAUUCUAUGUGCUUAUAUAAAUUAUGUCAAAAAUUAUACUGCACAAUUGAGAUGACAGCUGUUGCUGCAGUGACAUGACAGACUGGAACAAUGAAGCUUUUGGUUUAAGUCAGCCAGGAAAAUCCUUCUGAAUGGUAAUGUGAUUGGGCAAGAGCUCAUAAACCAUACCUCAAGUGGGUGGGAGUUUUAUCUCUAUAUUCCUUCACUCUCUGAAGGAAUUAAAGGCCUAGAUCAAGUGCUGGAUAAUUGACAAUUGUUUGUACUUAAUUUCAUCAGCAUCUGAAAGAAGGAAAGGAUGGUCAGAAAACAGAUUUAUCGUAAAUGUAGCCAAGGAUAUCAAUUAGGGUAGACAGGAAUAGGACAAAAAUAGGCCAGAGCUUCUGAGGAGGUGAUUUGGGUCUCUCGAUUUGCAGAAAAUGACAGCCUAUCCAAGUGGCCCAGUGUAUGCCUCGCAGGAGUAGUGGGCAUGUAAACUGCAGCAACUAUGUUUUUAAAACCAAAAAUCUAGUAUGUGGACAAAGAACAUGACAAUAUUUGGUGCUGAGAUUGGUUCUGAGAAACGUGGGGCACAUGGCUGCUGCGGUUAUAGGUAAUAUUUAAGACAUUCAUACAAAC